GUUUUUCAUUCGUUAUUACUUGUCUUUAAAUCUUUUUAUUUUAAAGACUUUUAUUUGUUUUUAUUUUCGUUAAAUUCAAAAUCUUAACUAUUUAUAUAUAUUUUAUUCGUAAAGAUUCCAAAUCGUACCACAAUCCGUAUUGAAUCGUUCUAAAAUCUAAGAAAACUCAACUUAAAAAAUCUUAUCGACUCGACCUUAAAUUAUGAAUAUUGGUAAAUUUCGCUUCCGACCCUAUUCCGCAAUCCGAAUCGAUCAUAGAUCUUGGUAACAUAGGGAUGAUCUAUGAAAAGACAUUAACAUACCAAAUUACUUGAAAAUCAGGUCUUAGGUGAAGUACAAAGUAGUGGUACACCUAAUACCUACUCGGAACAACAUUCAAAGUUUUUCCUAGGUUUGGUUUUGAAAUUUUGAAAUAGUACCCGGAACAACAAUCUACAUCAUUCACCCACCAAACAUCACAUUCACAAUUCACAAUUCACAAUUUACUGUGAAGGUCUACUUGGGUUUCAGUUUUUCUCCAUUGACAUUGCAUUGGACAUUUGGGUGCUAUUUUUGGUGUUUGAAGCUUCACAUAAAGCGACACAGGUAAGGUUGUAUACGUUUAGAGUAUAACAUAUCCUGCGGUCUUAACCAGGUUAACCGGGUUGGUUCUUUGAAUGGUAUCAGAGGUCAAAGGUCGAAUCUCGUCCACUUCUCAUUUAAAGUAGAAUAUUUCGUAUCAGGCAUGUUGAAGAGUGUUGGAUUGAUUGUAUUGUUUGCUAUAGUGGUAACAUGGAUAUAUCAGUUCAUGCUGCCACCACUACAACGGCCGUGUGGACUUCCAGGCGGUCCACCGCUAACGGCACCAAGGGUGAAGCUAAGAGAUGGUAGAUUUUUGGCCUACAAGGAGAUUGGUGUACCAAAACAUAACGCCAAAAACAAUAUCAUAUUUGUUCACGGUUUUGGCAAUUCUAGGCAUGAUGUUGUUAUUGCCGCUCACCUUCCUCCGAAAGUCAUUGAAGAGUUGGGACUGUACAUUGUAUCGUUUGAUAGACCAGGUUACGGAGAGAGUGAUCCUGAUCCAACGAGAACAUUGAAAAGCAUGGCUUUGGAUAUUGAAGAGCUUGCCGACCAAUUACAACUUGGGGAUAGAUUCUAUUUGGUUGGGUUUUCUAUGGGUGGUCAAACAGUAUGGGGUUCGCUCAAAUACAUUCCCCACAGGCUAGCUGGAGCAGCUCUGUUAGCUCCAGUUGUGAACUACUGGUGGAGCGGCUUCCCAGCGAACAUAUCUAAGGAAGCCUUUGAAAAGCAGCCGUCACUAGAUCAAUGGGCCCAAAGGGUUGCUCACCACCUUCCCUGGCUUACAUACUGGUGGAACACUCAAAAACUAUUCCCUGGUUCCAGUGUUGCUGCCGGGAAAGCUAUACUCAGUCAACACGAUCUUGAACUCAUCCCGAAGAUUGUUUCACUUGGGACACAUCACAGGGGACACGGUAUGCAACAAGGGGAAUUUGAGUCGCUCCAUAGGGACAUGAUGAUCGGAUUUGGGAGCUGGGAAUUUAGUCCUAUGGAUCUCACAGACCCAUUUGCAAACAAGCAAGGAUUGGUACAUUUAUGGCAGGGCAACGAAGAUACACUUGUUCCCGUCUCAAUGCAAAGAUGUAUUGCGGAACGACUUUCAUGGAUCAAAUACCAUGAGAUAGAAGGGGCAGGACAUUUGUUUCCCUUUGCAGAAGGGAUGGCUGAAGCUAUUCUCAGAUCACUGCUACUCAGUCACAAGUAGAGUCCAUUAUAAGAACAGGUUAUGAUUCUUGCAUCCUGGGAAAGUGAUUACGGGCUUGUAAGCACAUUACAAGGAACAUAGAGCAAUAUUGUGUAAUAUGGGCUGAGCAAAGACUGUCAAAUAAUUUUGUGGCCUUGUGCGCUUUUUCAUAUUGAGGCCACUAUUUUUUUGUAUCAAAACCUUCUACCACUUGCUUAUAUCUUAUACAUUCGGAGCAUAUUUUGUAUCAUUGAAUAUUUUGACGCUCUCAUUUUUAAGGCCUUGUGCCAUGUGUAGUCGGGUAUGUUGCAUAUGCCUAGAACUUCUCCUACGAUGUAUGUUUAGUAUUUGAUGAUUAGAAUCUUGUAUCAUAAUGUAAUAUAAUGAAGCUUAUAGCCUUUCAAAAA